AUGGGCGAGACUAUCGGGGAGAAGACGGCCGUGGCGGAGGUCAGCCCAGCCUCUCAGGAUGAUGCCCACGCAAAAUGCAGUUUCCUUGCCAGCUUCUCUCGUGAAGAGGAGCAACGGAUCAUGAGUAAAGUGAACCGGCGAUUUUGUCUGCUAAUUGGAGUGAUGUAUCUGAUCAAAUCGAUGGACAUGAGCAAUGCUGCGAGUGUCAAGGUUCUUCAGGUUGGGCAACCAUCAAACAUCCUCAAUGAGCUCAACAUGACCGCCGAUCAGUUCAAUUGGGUCCAGUCGAUUUACUAUAUAAGCUAUAUCAUUUUCGAAGUGCCCAGCAAUCUGCUUCUGAAAAAGAUGACGCCAAAGCUGUGGCAAACUCGCAUCUUCCUUACGUGGGGUGCUGUCCUGGCCUGUCACGCUGCCGUACGUAAUCGACAAGGUCUUAUAGGGGUGCGAUUUAUUCUGGCGAUGUUGGAAACCGGCUUCUUUCCGGGGAUUCUGACGCAACUCAACUCAUGGUAUCGGACGGACGAGGUGGCCAAGCCAAUAGCAUGGCUACUGUCCAUCCACCAAGGGUCAUCCAUCGUAGGGUCGUUACUUUGCUACGCGAUCAGUUACAUGAACGGCAUGCGAGGAAUGAGCGCAUGGAGAUGGGUGUUUCUUCUCGAGGGCCUGUUGACGGUUCUCUUUUCCGGCAUCAUUUACCUCGUCCUGCCUGAUUAUCCCAAAUCGCCGUCGAGUAACAAAUGGCUUACCAGGCGUGAGCAAGAAUUCAUCGAAGCGCGCCUCAGUAGCGAUGCACCAAAGACCAAUGACUCUGCCUUCGACAGGGAUGAAAUUUUUGCGACUCUCAAGUCUCCCACCCAAUGGUCAUUCACCUUGUCGCAGUUAUUGGUCAAUAUUGCUUCAUACGCGCUGAUGUGGUAUCUUCCCACAAUCACCACCAGCCUAGGCUUUACCUCUCUUCCGUCGAAUCAACUGUUGAAUAUCCCCCCUGCGGCAAUCGGGGCGAUCGGGAUAAUCAUUGCUGCUUGGAUCAACAACGCCGGAAUGAUCGUCGGGUUUAUCCUCUUCUUCACUGUCUCGUCCCCGGGCGCCCUCUAUGCCGCAUGCAUGAUCGGCUCGUUCUUCACGUCCACAUACUACAUCCUGUUUCUCGCGUGGCGAUCGGCGACCAUGAAAGGUUCUACCGGCACGGCAUUUGCAUGGGGUCUCCAGAAUUGUCUGGGCCAAGUGGGCGGAGUGAUUGGGCCUCAGCUAUUUCAGUCCAAAUGGGCGUACAACCGAUACAAGAACAGCUUCGCGAUAGCUGUAGCUUCUGUUAUCGCGGCAAUUUUUGCGAACUUAUGGUCUUGGUGGUUGACCAACAACUCCGAGAAGAACAUUCUCCAGGAGGCUCGGGCAAGACGAGGCGAAAAGAGAGCCGACAAUGAGGUUUAG